AUGAACCUGGCGGUUUUAGAUGUUCCACAUCCGGUUCCCGACGUGGAUAUAUGUUAUGGCACAGACGCCUCCACUGCAUGCCCCACUGGCCAGACUCUGAUUCCUCUCCAAAGUGGCCAAAACAAGUGUGUUAAAAGAAAUCGCAUUAGCUGUUCCGAAGGAUUCUUUUUCAAUAACAGCGGGUGUGAUCCUUGUCCCCUCGGCCGUUUCCAACCUCGCACAGGUACAGGUUGGUGUGACUUUUGUCCUGUUGGAACGUAUCAAGAUAAAACAGGCCAAAUUAGUUGUGCUCUGUGUGAAGAUGGAACGUACCAAAACGAGACAGGAAGUUCUGAAUGCCGACAAUGUCCGCUGAAUGAUUCCCUAACGGAUGGGGGAGCCAUCACUAAUCAUCAGAUUGGAAGUGUUCACGCAAGAUCUGAGAUUGGAUGCGCAAUGAAUUGUUUGAGAACCAGAGGAUGUUAUGCAAUAUCUUACGAUUGCAAGGGCAUGACUGCCACAGGACAAGGGCUUUGUAAUAUCAUGGAACACGAGGGAUCGAUGCCAUACACCGUGGUGUCUGACGCCACAAUGUGUUUUAUGAAGGUUAGAGAUAGGUAUCCUUCAUAUAUACCUAUAACAGAAGCCCAUACUAUGACGCCAUACAUAUCGUCUACAAGUGCCUUUCCGCAAUUGUCUUCAACAACUGGCCCACAGGCAAUCAUUGACAUGGUAGACCGUCUACAAAACAUGUGCACGGCGACUACCCAGAGUGACAUAGCAGUCAUAACAGGAUCGGGCACCAUCUACAUAUAUGAUGACUACAAUUCCUUGACCACUGGGUCUUGUAAGUCCGUCGAUGUUACUUCGUUGUUCGAUGGCUACAGUGACCUUCCUCACGUCUCCCAGUGGAAAGCAGUGUAUACUGUACAGAAGAGCUAUGUAGACGUGUAUACAGGCUCAAAGGUUUACCGCUGGGCGAUAGAAUCAACCAAGCUAAGAAAACUUUCUGGUUAUCCAAAAUCGAGACAAGAAUACCUAACCUCUGUCAAAGGAAGCAAUAACUAUCCACAUUACAUACCUGAAAAUCCAGCCUGGGCCGUCCAUAGGGAAACUCUAGGGGCAUUGGAUAUCUACUUUUACGAACGGAGCGUUGAAUAUAUAUGCUACUACAGCAAUCAAAUGCCCAAAGAGAGUCGUUUCCAUAUAUCGGACACGUCUAACAACAACCAGAAUGGGAAUCCUAUCAAUCCAUGGAUACAUCUUCCUGUCAACACAGUGGCUUUGACGGCUGCAGACAACAUUGCUCGUGAUUUUGUUGGGAUAACUGAGGACCUAAAUGUCGUUUUCUACACGAUAAAAGCCCCAUUUGAUCUCAGUGAAGAUCCCACUGUGAAUCUAUUCCCUCUUGUUUAUUGAAAAGAAAACAAGGCAUGCAAAUUGAAUUUUGG